CACGGCUCCGACCCGGCCAUGGCUCUGCGGCUGCUGCGCGGCGCGCCCGGGGCAGCGAAGUCAUUACUUCUUUGCCACUUGCGGAGCAGCUCCAGCGCUAAGCCAGGAGGAAGAUCUGAACCUGCUAAGCAGCCACUAAAGAAACCAAAGUUACCAGUAGGUCGGUUUGAUGAACCAGAAGAGUCCAGUAUGGAGAAGGAACCCUUGGAAAAAUUCCCUGAUGGAAUCAAUCCUACUACAAAAGAGAGGGGUGGACCUAGAGGCCCUGAACCUACACGUUUUGGAGACUGGGAGAGAAAAGGACGUUGUAUAGAUUUCUAAUAUUUAAAUGUCUGUAUUGCUAAUAAAAUAUUUAUGGUUGAAAAACACAAUGUACAGAAAAAAUCUCACCUGGGUUUGUCAUGGAGCUUAUCGUUUCUGUCAUGCCACCGCAUUCUGUCAUGUGAUGGAUUUUCUGAAUAAUGCAAUGUAAUUAAACACAGUGCUGCAGCUCAGAUUAUGGAGCUAUUAGUGGCUCAAUGUCUGCCUGAUCUUUAGUACUAUUUACACUGUGCAAGUAUAAAUGCAAGUCUAGUGGUGUGAAA